AUGCUUUAAGUACCUUGUUUCAAACAUGAAGGAUAAUAUUUACUAUUUUUUCUACCUUAAAAAGAAGCAACUUAAUAUUUUUGUGAUAUCUGUCUACUCUCUUUGUAAGAACAAUCAAAUUUAGAAAAAUUUUAGAAAUUAAUUCAUAUCAAUAAAGUAUAAUUGAAUUAAAUUAAGGCAUUAAAAUACCCUGAGUAUCUAAUUACUAAAUUGGACAUUGACCAAUAGUUAUUGAAUUAUUUUAAUGAAUUCAGUCAAUAGGAUGAAGUUACUUUAAUUAAAGAGCUUAAGGAGAUUGAAUUAAAGAUCCAAGAAAUGCAUACAGUCUUAACAAAAUUGUUUUAAUAACUUAAAAUAGUUGUUUAGGCAAGGGAAGAUUUGAAAUAAAAAAUAAGAAGUGAUUUAAAUUAAAUCGUUAAACUUGAUCAAUUAAAGGAAAUAAUAAGUAGUUUGAGCUAAUUAGGUGAUACUAUAAAUCCUUAAGCAAUUGAAAAGAGCGAAUAAACCUUGCAUCAAUAUAUUAAGGAUUUAAUGUUAAAUAAUAGCGCUUAUUUAAAUGAAAAACUUUAUGAUGUUUUAGAUUAGAAGCAAAAUCAAGUUAAGGAUUUGAAAGAAGAGAAGUAUCCAGAAUUUCGAAGAUUUGGUGAAUUAUAUAGAUAAAUUUCUGAAAAGCAUUUUAGCUUUAAUAAAUGGGUAGAUCCAAAAUUGUUGAAAACAAUAUGUUGCUCCUUACUGACAGAAUAAUUUUCAUAGAAAAUUUAAGAUAUUAUAUAGAGUAAAACAGGGAAAAAAAUAUCAUAAGCACAAAUGAUUUAUUAAGGAACUAAAGAUGGUUUAAACGGAUAAAUUUUUUUGACAAAAGUAAAUGGUAAAAGCAAUUUGUUGUUGGUUUUUAAAUCUAGCAGUCAGUAUAUAUUUGGAGCUUAUACUCCUUUGAAAUGGAUUAAGUAAGUUGCUAACUAUCAAUAUAUUCAAGAUGAUUCAUGCUCUUCCUUAAUUUUCUCAUAAACGCAUGAUUAAAUUUAUUCUUUGAAAUAAGAGAGUAAAUCACUUGCCAUCUGUUUCAGUUCAGGUUAUCCAAUUGCUUUUGGAGGAGGCCAUGAUAUAUCAAUCAAUUCUGAUUUUUAAACUGGCUACUCUAAUUUAGGAUUUUCCUAUUAAUGGGAAUAAUAUAAAAAUGUCAAAAGCAAUCAUUUGUUUGGUUAAGAUCAGCCUAAAAUUCAGGAAUGUGAGGUUUUUGAAUUAAUAUUUUUUUGA